CGGUUGUGUAAUUCUUGGCACGCUGUGCACUUCUCGUUGUUCGCUCUGUGUUUCACGUAUCGUACACAACCAAAGUUGCAUUGUACACAGCCGCUGGGAGCAUUAUUUUACUCUAGUCUUAUCUAAAGAUCGUGAAGCGCUUGUGCGUCGGUGCUGGUCGUGUUUUCGUGGUCACGUUUUCGUUCGCAUUCUUCUAGACCCACGUUUGUAUCUUCGAAUAUCGCGGUUGAAAAUUUCAUGUUGAAUAUCAACGACCAGUCGUAAUAAUUUUUACAUAAUAUCAUAGUUGCGAAACAGAGGCAGGUGUGCAUGAGGGAAGCGAUAAAGUUUAAACAUGACGAAUUGUCAUUCGAUCUUCUUAUAUGUAUCUAGAUCUCUUCUCAAUGUAGAAAGCGGUAUAAAAAUAAAUACGAUUUUUCUCGACAAUAUCUGAGUACGUUCUAGAAUCGACUUAUUAUUCCGCCGGUCGCUAGCGUAUAAUUGACAGAUAAUGGAACUGUUCGCGAUAGGAACUUAAUUAAAGGUUCGAGAUGCUUGUUGUUCUCGCGUUGCGUAGGAACAAAAUUUGAUUUCGUCAUCGUUCAGCAGUGUUUCAAGGAAGUUACCUCGAAUAUCAUCUUCGAAUUCUUCUUUCUUAUUUGCAAGGUGUUGCAUUCUUUCCUGGUGGUGACUCAUGGAUUUUCUUCUUCCAACAUCUCGUUGUUUUCGCGAAUGAAUUUGACGUUUCCUAGAAACGCAUUCAUUCAGUGCUAAGGAAAGGAGUCGCGUAAUUGGCGCUUCGUAGUAGGUAGGUAAGUAGUGAUUGUGAUAUGUACUACGUGCCGCGUCACACGGUUUUUCCAUCACAACAUAAUUAAGAAUCUUUGUCACGUGCCAGUUAAGCGUUUCCAAGUUACGAUUUCCUUAAUACGCCCAUUGAUGUUCGAUUAUUAAUGAACAUCCUUACGAUUAAUCAUCAAUUCCCAUCAUAGAAUUCAUUGAUUUAUUAAAGUUUUCCGAGUAAGGAUCAAUUAGAAUAAUUUGAAAAAAUAUGUUUGCUUCGAAGGAACUAGAAGUAGCAAAUUCUCAAUAUAUUCUCGAGUGGGUAUUAAUUUCCCAUUAAGUUUACUUUUUCUCUUCAGGACUAAAAUUUACAACUUGUUUUCUAUGAGGAUCAUCCUUCGCGGUUAAAAAUAGAAAUAGUGUUGUUUAUCCUUCCUAGUUAAACACUACGUGCAUCUAGAUACUUGUAAAACAAUAAUAUAUAAUUAUGUACGAAUUGCAUAAAUCUAUGGUACAUUACAGAACUGACUUAACGAUUGCCACAAGUCGGCAAUAAGACUAUAAGCUACAAUCAAAGUCAUUCAGAUAUGAUGUUGCAGUAAACGUAUCAAUCUUUGAGCUUACAUUUUUUAUCGAAAUUCGAUGAAAUAACAAGUUCGCACCUGCAGUCAUUCAAGGCUCUCAGAAAGUUUUACCUGAGUCACAUUCCAACAAGAAACCCAAUGCAAAAAAUAGAACUUAAAAUCUGUGAUCACCGUUUACCAAAAGAAGCAAAAUUCACGGAACCAUGACUGCGACUCAAAGUUCAAGAAUCCCGGAAACCAGUGUCGAACAACAUCAGCGAAAAAAAGCCGAUGCUAAGUGUAACGAUUAGACUGCAAAUUCUCAUGGGCGCGUCUGCGGCUGAAGACGGCUUUAAAAUAAAGUAUAAGUUUGCAGUUUAAAGAACGAGCUGACACCCAUCAAAAUCCACCGACACCGAAGGGAGAGCCGAGAUCGUAAAAGUCCGAAUUACGAUUGAAAGUCGAAAAGUCUGAAAGAAACCUCGAAGAAACCCGUUUGGAACGGUAGUUUUUGCACACUUGGAGAGUCGGUGUUCGGGAGUAACUGCAAUCCGCGCCGGGAACACGUGUACGACGACGUGGGUACGUGGUGCUCGUAUAAGCUGGUACAGAAAUUGAGAAAGGAGCGACGAGGAUGGUGCGGCGGCGGUGAAGGCGGCAGAAGAGGUGGCGGAGGAGGGGGAGGCGGCCUCGAAGAGAAGAAGAAGAGGAUUUCAAAGCGCGUCGGUAUCGAGAGUGUGCGAGCGAGCUAGGAAACGGGCCGACCCACGACACGACUCGACGCGACGCGACGGGGCGGCUUCGUGGUGGGGUGUCAGCCGCGGCUUAUCUGGCGACUUUAUGUAUAUUACGAUGCCCAAGGCAGGAACACGAGCAGUUCACUGCUGGCUAACUGGUCGGAGAAGUCGGCGAGGCCGAGUCUGAGCCCGGCGGCCCGGUUCAUCCAUAGAAACGUGUUCGAGAGCUAAGCGACGCCGAAAUUAAGAGCGUUCCGACGCGCACGUAUCCCGCACGCGCACACAUUUAAUCCAGAUAAUAUACAUCUAUACACGUGCGCACGUCGAGUGUAUAUUAUACACAAACGUACACAAGGAGAGAGAGAGAACAUCAAACGUUGACCUACCUAUCGGAACAAUUACGGAUACCGCCCUGUGUAUACCGGUCAGGUGUGCGCGAAACCGUAGCCGUGGUGGAAGCUCCAGCCGUUUCGGAGUUUGGCAAGCUGAUCGAGACGCUAUCGGUACUCCUCAGUGAUCACUACGAUUCAGGAUGAUCGUUCUCGCGUGGUCCUUAUUCGUGGUGCUUUCGUUACUCGUCGCGACGAACCAGGCCUUUGUCGCAGCUCCUGCACCAGUUCACGGAGCGUCGAGUUACGAUGUCACUGCGCAACGACGAUUGGAGAGCAACGAGGUGAUUCACAAGGCUAAUAACGACCCUCAGCACCCGGACGAUUCGACAAACGAUGAUCGUGACGACGAGCAGACGGUCUACGUAAUCGAGUUCGAGUCCGAAUCGAACGAGAAAGAAGAAAGUCUGCAGACUAAAGGAGGGAACGCAACCAAUGGCGGAGAUGAAAACCCUUUGGACCCGUGGUCGAUUGUCUGGUACAUCGGUUCGUUUGGCGGACUGGUUGCCUUCUUUCUGAUCGUCAGCUGUUCCGAAUGGUGUUGUCGUCGCGGUGGAAGGCCGCUGACGGUUCCGUACGCCCAACGAACGGAGGUGAUCAGCAGCGGACAAGUGGUGACCGAGACACCUCCGCCACCGUAUCACCUGUUCGCACCGCCGCCGUACGAUUCUGUCAACUACGGCGAAAUCGUGGAUAAGGCAUCCGGCGAAAAGGUGGAUAUCUACGUGAUAUCUGUGCCGAUUCACAGACCUGUGGUCCAGGCUCCAGCCUAGGAUUGCCUGGAGGUGAUCCUCGAGCUGAGGAUACGGCCGAAGUCGAGUUAGAAACGCCACUGAUUCGCGUCAAUAUCAGGUGACAAUCGUUCGUUGUCCGCGAUCCGCAGUGGACAAUAGUACAAAUCGAUGGAGCGCGUGUGUCGUGUCGCUUCUGGAAGAAUCAUCAGAAGACUUACCUGAUCGGUAUUCUCUUGACUGGGAAGCAAUUUUUUGACAAUCGUCUGCGAUUCGUGGAUACGACUCGUCGGGACGAGUCGUGAAUCGUAAGGGAAACGCAGGACGAGCCGACGAGUUGUGUUUGAAAGGAUAUCACGAGUACCGUCAAUAGUACUCGAAGAAGAUUCUUGUUGCUGUGAGAGAAAUAAGCAAUCUUCUCACGAUCAAGGAACAUCGGUCACGGAUAGAAGACGAAUCAAGUGGGAGAAGUACUCGUAGAACGAGGAAAUCCGAGCUGCUUCGAAUCUCUGCGAUGACCGAUAGAAAUCGAAGAUAUCGAGCUUUUAAGAAACCAGAGAACGUUUUAAUACGUUUUUAACGAGUAUUUAAAGGCAAAAUGUCUAUAUACAUAUAUAUCUGAGUGAGCGCGAACAAAGAAAGGAGACGAAGUACGAUUGGACAAUUUUUAGAGAUUAGAUAACAUCUAAUGUAAGCGAGAGAAAAGGAAACGAAGAAUGAAAAUCUUAUCGUAUUACGGCUGGAGUGCAACUGAAGCAAUGUUGUCUGUGAUGAUGUUCGUGACAUGAACUGAAAUUAAUGAACAAAGUUUAAAAGGAACGCGUAACGACGCAGCGAUGUUGAGUUGUGGAAAAUUUUUUUUAUUUAAAAAUAUAAAGGAACGAAUGGAAAAUAACGUGUGAAUGCAAAGCUCGAUAAGGGAGCAAAGAUUAGAAUCGAUCGCAAUCGCUUUAAUGAAUUAUUUAUCCGAUCACUGCCUGGUCAGGUGAAUGAUUGAAAUCCGAAAUCAUUCUAAUCCUUAUUAAUAUCUGUGUCUAUACUGGUUCUGCGUUCAGUUCGUUGUAACCAGUUGAAGGAGCAAGGAAACUGCCAUAUUUUCAUAAACGAAAGCAACGCACAAGACGAACUCGGAUCAAGGACGAUCGAAAACUAGCCAGAAUAUCGAACUUCCAAACAUAACUAGAUAGAUAUAUAAGCUAUUCGAAAGAUAAAAAGAUCAUAGCUCUCCAGUCACUUAUAAAAGCCAAAAAUUAAAUAACAAUUACAAUAUUUGUGUCUGUUUAUUUCGGUAUUGUAGAGCGAGAUGAUCUUUUCGUCUUUUCAUUUUAGGGGAUACAUUAAUAAUGGGCGGAUCCACUAAUUGAUCGCAAUAUACCAUACUUUGCCAAAUCGGAAUUUGACAAAAAUGGAAAAACACGGUUGAUUACGACCGUUCCAUGGACUAAUUAACCCGUAUCUUUGAUCGGAACCAAUUACAAGCGCGAUUUUUUUUCAUUUUUCAAUGAUAAUUCACACUCUUUUUUCCGGGUUCCAUUUGCGUGUGGUUAUUGUAUAACGGGAAGCUCGUGUGUAAUACGCUUCACAACCUGAGUGAUUUAUCAACCGGACACGUGUGCGAAUAAAUUCGAAUAAUCUCUAAUAUUGCUACACGCGAUUGACCUCAAUCGUGUUCGCUGCAAGUCUGACAAUUAUGGACGAUCGUAUAUACAAAGUUAUCAGUUGACAACCAUAAAGAGAAUACAUAUAAAUUAAAUGGGAGUCACGAAAACAGUCGGUGAAACGAUAACAGCGAUGUUUCGAGAGAAGGGCGACUUUUUUCGUUUAACGUUAGCGUCCGUGCGGUUGAAAAUCUUAUUUGUUUUCGUUUUUUAUUAAGUAUUCUCAUCACAUGGGUACGUUCGAUAAAGUUUCAAAUGAAACACCGCUGAAAAUUCGCAUUUUUACGUUUAUAUCACGUUUUGCUUGUUCUGCGAAUUGAUAAAAUAUUGCGAGGAAAUAGUAUCACGCAUUAUACAAGAAAUAAUACCAGAUUUUGUGCGAUUAACACGCAGCAGGAUUUUUUUAAUUAUAUUAUGUUAACGUUAAAUAUAUACAAGUAGAGAGAGAGAGAGAGAGAAAGAGAGCACACGAUUAAGAUUAUUGCGCGAAUGCGAUUCAGUGUAAAAUCCAUUAAACGAUGAAACGAAAGGAAUACAUGACCCACGUGUGAAGAUAUUUUUAUUUUUUCCUUCGUGGAAUGCCGAUUUUGUUAUGAGAAAGUACGGUCAACAUUUUAGAACGUUGAAUGUCUUUUUUUCAAUAAUUACAUGAGUUUAAACGAAACACGUGAAAAAUAUUCCGAACGAAAAUUAGUUGAAGUAUUGUAAGCGAUUGUAGAAGAAAACAUAUCGUGGAAUUCAAUUUUAUUUAUAACAAAUGUGUGAUCUCCGCAAUGUUCUUUUUAAUCGAUCGAUUAUUGUUCGGAAUAAAAGCAGUGAAUUUCUGAAUGUGUGGAAACGUGUUAGAGAAAUUUAUUAUACGAUUAAGAUAAAACGUCAAUUAUUAUUAUUAUUUGUAUUAUUAUCAUUACUACUAGUACUACUACUAUUAUUAUUAUUAUUAUUAUUAUUAUUAUCAUCGUCAUCAUCAUUAUUAUCAUUGCGAUCGUAAUUAUGUUCUCGAUGAUAGUGUGAAACGCGUUACCAUGGAUUCGUUCUCCUUAAAAUUUUCAGAGUUGCACCGCCGUAUUUAUUUUUUAUACUUUUAUACAUGCUGUUUAUACAUAAUUCCAAUACUUCUAUGUUAUCAAUAAAAAUUUCUUUUCUCGAA